UAGUCCUCGUUUCCUCAAGGAGGGGUUACCGACAGACAUGUACGGAUCCAUGUUUAGUACAACAUGACGCUAUGCUGGGCGUCAUGGAUCUUCUAUAUUGCCUUGUUGUCCCCUCACAAGUCUUUGAACUAAACCUGCUGUCUCCAAUCACUUCAGUCAUUAACAACUUACCCGUAGACACUCAUCUUUUCUGGUGGUCUUCUGUUCGCAACAUCGCUGAUCCGUCUCUUUUACCCAAGACCUAUCUCCCAAUCUGAAGAUCAUGCGGCAGCUCAUACUAGGUGCUAUCCUUCUCGUUGCAUCCUCGUCAGCAACCGAGUACUUUGAGACUUCGACCGCUGGCUUACCGGCUACUGGGCAUGGGGCGUACCCCCAAGACUUCCCUAUCGUCGAGCCAUCAUUAGAAACAGUGCACGAGAGUCAGAAACCCCCAACGGGCUUAGCCAUCGACUUGAACCAUAACAUCUACCUCACAUAUCCCCGCAACGCUGGCCAAACACCUCACAACGUAGUCAUCUGUACAUCCUUCAAUGACGAGCAACCCUGGCCAAAUGCUACCAUUCAAAACUGUGCCGCUGGCCAAGACCCGAGCACAUGCUUCAUCAACGUGCAGAACAUCGUCCGCGACGACCUAGGCCGACUCUGGGUUGUGGAUAGCGGGAUUCCCUACUACACAGCGCCAGAAAUCGACGCUACCUAUGGUGGUGCGAAGAUUAUGAGUUUCAACGAGACGACAGCUGAGCAUCUUCGUACCUACACAAUCCCGCAAGAACUGCUAGCACAUAGAACCAAUUUGAAUGACAUGAGAGUCAACACGACACUUGGCGGGAAAGGAGGCUAUGCCUUCAUUCCAGAUGCAAGCACCAACAGUUCGCUCCUGGUGGUAGAUCUCGAGGAUGGCAGUACAUCACGCAGAUUGUUCAACACCAGUGUUGUGCGAGCAGAUGAGAAAUAUGUAGGUUCUUACGCCGGUGAGCUUAUUUAUACCUGGAACGGUACGAAGAAGGGCCAUAUGACUACUGCUGCAGAUGGCAUAGCCCUGGCAUCCGGCAACCUGUACUGGGGCGUCCUCGCAUCACGUCGCUUUUACUACAUAUCACAGGAAGUGCUCGUCAACACCACAAAAUCCGAUGCCGAGAUUCUUGCAGCGGUGCAGAACCCAGGCCAGUGCGGAUCCGAGCAAGCUGGCUUCUCCGCAGACGACCUAGGCCGCGUGUAUAUAGCAGCGAGUGAACAGAACGCCAUCUACUACGUCGACACGCUAGAAUCCCAAGUCAACAGAACGGUCAACGGCAACGCACCUGGUGGUUCUGGUCUAAUUCCCGCACAAGACUAUGUCGUAAGGACACUAGCUCGUAAUGCGAUGAUUCAACAUGCAGAUUCCAUGGCGAUCUUGGACGGGUGGCUGUACUUCUGCACAAAUCAGCUGACUUUGGGGCCAAAUUAUCAGUAUAACAACACGGACAAGCGUGUGGGUCCUUUCCGUAGUUUCAGGUUCUGGAUUGGAAGGGGGCCAGCGAAGGAUUCAUGAUUGAAAUCGAUUAUCCAUGUACUGAUUCGAAUUCGAGAGAAUUCCAAGCGGAGACCAGAAUGAAAUGAAAUGCUGGGUAUCAUCCGGUAGUCAUUGCAAGCCCAAAGCGCCUGCAUUGAGUACACGCCCAAAAUAAACGCCGUAUACAAUGCAAUGACUUGAUGCCUUCAAUCAAAUUC